GGGUUGGUGAGCGACAUUUACGGGUUUUCACUUUUCACCGUUGGCAGGUUAUCGAGGAUCCUGGAUUUAUAAGAUCUUUUCCGCAAGUGAAGUUUUCGAUAUCAUUUCCUGUGAGUUGAUACAGUUCCCUCCUUUCUAAAAAUGGCCGAUGUUUCGUUGGACGAUUACAUCAAGAGCAAGCACAUCGGUCGGGGCGACAAGGGACGUGGUGGCGCCCGCGGCCGAACGUCAGCGCGCGGCUCAACUGGCGGUGGCCGCGGUGGAUUUCGGCGCCAGGGCGGUUUCCAUUCCGAUAUCACGAAGAAUAUCGCUCCUCGCAAGCAACCAGUCUUUCUAAACCGGAACAAUUCGGGUAUCCAGAACCGCUGGCAGCAUGAUCUUUUUGGAUCCGGAGCCCCGGGUAUCGCUGGGCUGAUGACUGCCUUCAGCAAUCCGACGGAUGGUGGAUACGGCACCAAACUGCUCAUUUCCAAUCUGGAUUUUGCAGUAACCGAGACUGAUUUGCGGGAAUUGUUUGGUGAGUUAGGCACCGUGAAGAAGGUAUCCAUCCACUGUGACCGAAACGGCGCGUCACUAGGCUCGGCGGAAGUGAUUUAUCAGCGAGCAGGCGAUGCCGUCAAUGCUUUGCAAAAAUAUAAUGGGAUUCCGCUUGAUGGUCGCAUAAUGGAAAUUCAGCUGAUUGGUGGGAACCAGCCAAAUGUUCGUGGUGGUAAUUUCAUGGGUGCACAAUCGCGUCUUGGCAUACCUGCCAGGCGCGCCUGGGCAGAUGCCCCUUAUGCUCGCCCUCGCGGUGGACGUGGCUUCGCUAGAGGAGGCUUUGCUAGAGGCGGCACGCGAGGCGGAUUCCAGAAGCGACCUGAAAAGCAGCAGCUCACCCAGGAACAGCUUGACAUGGAGCUGGAUAACUACCAGAAUGAAUCUUAAUUGAUCUUCUUCACGGUUAGCGCUGGCAUUCGAUUGGUAUUUAACCUUCUUUCGUCAUCGUUACCAGUGGCACGGGAAUCCCAAAAGCCCGCCCGAGAACAAUUCGCACCUUUGCUUUUCGGUUGGGGAUUGUUGCUGCACCUUUGUGUUAUUAGGUUUCAUAGUGUUAAGGACGUUCCUCGUUUUAGUUAAAUAAUCAUUUCUUUUACGGAAUGGUGUAUUCACUGUUGCGAAACUUUUGGAUCUCUUGUUUUCGUUUGCCAGGUUUUGCGAGAAGCGUUUUUUCAGGUUUCUGAGUUUGAAAUUCGCGCAUUCAUGGACGGCCCUAACAGUGUAUACUUCGGAUACUUCGGUUGAUGUUGUAUUCACUGGUCAGUGCAAGUUUGUGUUCAGUCGAUGAGAAAGUGUCUGUUGGUAAUGUAAGUAUAACUUGGCACUGCGCAGUGGCAGUUGAAAUUUGCGAAAGGAUGAAAUCAUGAAGCAUCAAUGUGUGUUGCAUUGUUAUUGUUGAUGGGAAGCUGGAAUAAAACCAACUCGCA